AUGGUUAUGGGCGGUGCGCUGUUCCCAUGGCUGGCAUGGUUGCUCGUCUCCCUCGCCGGCAUCUACCUCCUCGGCCAUCUCGUGCACGGCCGUCGUCGUGGUCUACCGCCGGGACCGCACCCACUGCCCGUCAUCGGCAGUCUCCACCUCCUCGGUAACCAGCCGCACCGUUCCCUCGCCAGGCUCGCCAAGGUCCACGGCCCGCUCAUGUCCCUCCGCCUGGGCGCGGUGACCACGGUCGUCGCCUCCUCCCCGGCCGCCGCCCGGGAGAUCCUGCAGCGGCACGACGCCAUCUUCAGCAACAGGACCAUUCCAGACGCUCUAGGCGACCAUGCCAAGAACUCGAUGAUUUGGCUGCCCAACAACCCGCGCUGGCGAGCGCUGCGGAAGAUCAUGGCCACCGACCUGUUCGCGCCGCACAGGCUGGACGCGCUCCAGCACCUCCGGCGCGAGAAGGUGCAGGAGCUCGUGGACCACGUCGGGCGGUUGGCGCGCAGGGGCCAGGCCGUGAACGUCGGCCGCGUGGCGUUCAUCACCAGCCUGAACCUCUUGUCGCGUACCAUGUUCUCACACGACCUGACGAGCCUCGACGACGACGACGGCGCGUCCAGGGAGUUCCAGGAAGUGGUGACGGACAUCAUGGAGGCCGUGGGCAGCCCGAACGUCUCCGACUUCUUCCCGCCGCUUGCGGCCGCCGACCUGCAGGGCUGGCGGCGGCGUUUGGCAAAGCUGUUCGCGCAGAAGCACCGGGUCUUCGAUGAAGAGAUCGACGGGAGGUUGCGUAGCCGCGAGGCUGGUGUGCCCAAGAAGAACGACUUCCUCGACCUGCUGCUGGACGCCGCGGAGGACGACGACAACACGGCGAAGCUGGAUCGCGACACACUCCGUUCGCUCUUCACGGAUUUGUUUUCUGCUGGGAGUGACACAAGUUCUAGCACAGUGGAAUGGGCAAUGGCGGAGUUGCUUCAAAACCCAACUUCAAUGACUGAAGCUUGCGAUGAGCUUGCUACAGUUAUUGGCUCAAGAAGAAACAUUGAAGAAUCUGAUAUUGGUCGGUUGCCCUAUCUUCAAGCUGUGUUGGUCGAGACAAAGAAACAUGACCCGAACCUGAGAAGUUUAUGCCCGAGCGAUUUUUGGGAAACACGGUUGAUCUAA